AUGGUAAUGAACAUUGAAACAUUUUCAAUUUCAAAUGUGCAAAAUAGCUCUGAAAAGACCUCUCGACGACAAGCUUUAAUCAUAAAUAGAAAUAAGAACGAAAAAUUGCAUGCAGGGAAAAGAUAUCAAUUAUCGUCUGAAAGUUCUAAAACUAAUUUACUUACAAUGUUCCCAGUUGCUAAGGGUAAUUAUGUUUUCAAUGGUGAAGGAGAACAAGAAUGGCAAAUACAGAGAAAUACCAAUACUCAGUUUGCUAUCUAUGGUAAAAAUCUCGAUGGUGCCGAGCUAUCAUUUACAACUCAUCCUGAAUCAUGCCAAUGGGAACGUAAAAAUGCUAUUUAUAGAUUAAAAGUAGAAGAAGCCAGUUCACAACAUCGUACAAGUGAAUAUGCUUUUAUUAAUCUUAAUUUACCUUACUAUAAUUCAACUCUGUACAUGUGUUUAACGUCAGCAAAUUCUAGUGAAGUAUUGCAUUGCGGAGAUCGACCUGGUUUAAAAAUUCGAGUUACUCGACGAGCAUUACCCGUUUGGACAACAAUACUUUGUUUAGUGUUUCUUUUAACAUUAUCAGGUCUUUUUUCUGGACUAAAUCUCGGUUUAAUGUCACUAACACCACAUGAUUUAAAAGUUAUACAAGAAGCUGGUACACCAAAUGAUCGUAAAUACGCUAAACGCAUAUAUCCAGUACGUAAACGUGGUAAUUUUCUUUUAUGUACUAUUUUAUUGGGUAAUGUUUUGGUGAAUUCAACAACAACCAUAUUACUUGAUACAUUAAUUAGCGGUGGAUUAGCUGUAGCUAGUGCAACAUUAGCAAUUGUUAUUUUUGGUGAAAUUAUUCCUCAAGCUAUAUGUUCUCGACAUGGACUCAAAGUUGGUUCACAAACAAUUUUAUUAACACAACUAUUUAUGAUCUUAACACUUCCAAUUUCAUUUCCAUUAAGUAGAUUACUUGAUUUUAUUCUAGGGGAAGAAGUUGGUGCACGUUAUACACGUGAUCAAAUGAGUGCUUUGUUAAAACAUACAUCAACAACUGAUAUUGAAGAUCGUGAAAAGAUCAUUAUGACUGGUGUACUUAAUUUAAAAGCAAAAAAGAUUCGCGAUGUUAUGACAAAUUUAGAAGAUGUUUUUAUGCUUGAAGCAAACCGUAUUGUUGAUGACGAACUUGUUCUUAAUGUUUAUGGUUUUGGUUAUUCAAGAAUACCUGUCUAUGAAGGAGAAAAAAAUAAUAUAGUUGGUCUUGUAUAUGCACGUGAUUUUGCUCUACCUGAUACAGAAUCAGGAAAAUUUACUGUUAGACAUAUAGUGAAUUUUUGUAAACAUCGUUAUGGUACAUCAAUUACACCAGAUGAUUCAAGUUAUGAUGUAUUCAAUUUAUUUAAGAAAGAACAAUAUCAUUUAGGUAUUGUUGUUGAAUAUGAUAAUACAAGUGAAAAAGACCCGAGAGCUCGAGCUGUUGGUAUCGUUACAUUCGAAGAUAUUAUUGAAGAAAUGAUUCAAGAAGAAAUCGUUGAUGAAACAGAUGUAUUUACUGAUAACCGUCGAAAAGUUCGUAAUGUUCUUUCUCAAGCACCAGAUUUUUCAGUCUUUAUUCGUCAAAAUACAACUGAAGUUAUUAGUAAAAUUUCAGCACAAAUGAAAGUAGCUGUUUUUCAAUUUCUAUCAACAAGCAUUGAACCUUUCAAAGAAAAAUUUAUUUCAAGUACUAUAUUAAGUCGUUUAUUAAAUAUUGAUUUAUAUAAAGAAUAUGAAUAUGAUGAAGAUGAUUCUAAAGUUGGCAAAACUACAUAUAUAUACGAAUAUGAUAAACCUGUAGAUUAUUUUGUUCUCAUUAUUAAUGGUAAUGCAGAAUUGGAAACAGGCAAAGAAAAAAUUGUUAGCGAAAUAGGUUCAUUCUAUUACUUUGGUGUUAGUGCACUUUAUAAUCCUGAUGAAAAACUUGAUGAUCUGAUACGUUCAAAAUCCAAUAGAUUUCGUCCAUUUAUACCUGAUUUUAGUUUACGUGUUAGCGAAGAUGUACAAAUUUUACGCAUACGACGUGUUCAUUGGUUAGCUGCUGUACGUGCAACUUAUUUUGAAAAAAAACAAACAGCUAGUGGUGAUGCACCAAUGGUCAAUUCUAACGGUGAACGAAUUGAUUUGUUAAUACAAGAAUUAGAAAAGGUUAAUCGUGUUGAUUCAUCGAAUACGAAUGGUUGUCUUACAGGAGACAUGAUGCAUGAAAGAACAUCAUCAUUAGCCUUAGCAUCGGAUGGGGCUAUUGAACAUGAAAAAUUAUUAGCACAAAAUCAAGCAUCAAGCAUUUUAUCUAAUUCAAAUAAAAUAUCACCAGAUAGUCCAAUCAAUUCCGAUAGAAAUACGCCAACAUUAAAAGAAAACCAACGAGACAAAUUAUUUCGCUCUUUCACAACACCAACACCACCACCAUCUCCUUAA